UUAAGCUGAACUGAUCCGAUCCGAUCACACGCAAAAAGUUUUUCAAGUUUCACAACUUUUAAGUUUUACAGUUUAACUUUACUUUCACUUUUACUGGCUUUAUUUAGUUUAUUACUCUUUAAGUUUACACCUUACUUUUUUUAUAUUCGGGAGAAAAUUCGUUAGGAUUUUAUGAUUUUUAUCCACAAUUUCCGAAAAAAAACUCUAAGAUCGUUAAAGGAUAAUAGGCUAUUACUGAUUCAGGGCUUUGUCGUCGAUUCGCAUUUCCUCGGUUGUAUUUCGAUUGGGAUUUUUGGCGUAUGACCGAGUAAAUUCUUUGAAGGCCCCGUCGACAUUUGCUCGUUGCUGGUAGUGUGAUUUUAGUGCGGUUCUUGUAUUUAUUGUCAACGAAGAUGAAUCGUUUAUUUGGAACGGGAAAACCAAAGGCUCCUCCGCCUAAUCUGACGGAUGUGAUAUCCAAUGUGGAUAGUCGCGGAGAGUCCAUCGAAAAAAAGAUAUCGAAAUUGGAUGAAGAACUGAAUAAAUAUAAAGAUCAGAUGAAGAAGAUGCGGGACGGGCCUGCUAAGAAUGCCAUCAAGCAGAAGGCUCUGCGCGUGCUGAAACAGAAGCGAAUGUACGAGUCACAGCGGGACAACCUCUCCCAGCAAAGCUUCAACAUGGAGCAGGCCAAUUUCUCCUUACAGACGCUGAAAGACACCAAGUCCACGCUGGAUGCUAUGAAAGUGGGCGUCAAGGAUAUGAAGAAGGCCUAUAAACAAGUGGACAUUAACCAGAUCGAGGAUGUUCAAGACGAGUUAGCAGAUUAUCUGGAUCAAGCCAACGAUGUUCAGGAGGCUUUAUCGCGGUCAUAUGGCAUGCCGGAGAUUGACGAAGAUGAUCUGGAAGCAGAGUUGGCGGCGUUGGGCGAUGAGCUGGCGCUGGAUGAGGACACCAGCUACCUGGACCAGGCCGCCAAGGCUCCGGGUGUGCCGAGUCGGGAGCCCGGAGCGGAAAGUUACGCCCCGGGUGCACCGCAAGGCAUUCAAGUGGAUGAGUUUGGAUUGCCCCAAAUCACCCGCUAAAGCAUGAGAACAAUCGCUUCCCCGUUAUCAUUCUUGUAGGCCGUGGCUUUCAUCAACACGAGAAAUGGACUGUAUAGUAUUUUGUGUCUUCUGAUUUUAAAAUGGCUGUCUUCUUUGAUUCUUCUGAUUUUAAAAUGGUUAAUAGGUAUCAUUCAUUACGAUUUUAAGAUGAUUUUCUGUUCAGUUCGGUAACUGUGGAGUUUACCUGGCUUAUCUCUGCGCAGUGUUUUCGUGCCAAGAUUUGAAAGAGCUAUUUUUGUGAUUUACGCCGUCUCGGGAAUACCAGUGGCAUCUGAAGGAUAUGCAAUUCCGCUCUCCGAUUAAAGCUGACGCUCGUG